CCGUCAGACGCUCCACGCGUCACCCCCGCUGAUUGGCCGGCGUCGGGGUUCCCGACCUCUCCAAUAUGGCGGCGCCCAGCGAAGUCCGCACCUGCGAGGACUUUGCCGAGUUCCAGGAAUUGCUCAGGGUGAUGCGGACAAUUGAUGACAGAAUAGUCCAUGAAUUAAAUACUACACUUCCAACAGCUUCCUUUGCAGGGAAAGUCGAUGCCCACCAAACCUGUAAAGAGCUCUACCAGUCUCUGAGGGAGGCUCAUGCCAGCAGAGAGAAAAUAAUCAAAAGCUGUAUUGCUCAGACUUCCAAUGUAGUAAAAACUCUCCGAGAAGAGAGGGAGAAGGCCCAGGAUGACGUAGCAUUAUUAAAGCAGCUCAGGCAAGAGCAGACAAAGAUCAUUCUCCUGCCUCUUUCCUCAAUCGUCUCCAAGUUUUUAAAAUCUUUCUUGAAGUGUGGACACACUACAUUAUCUCUAUUGUUUUGCAUCGAUGCAACUGCUAUUGGAAUAAUCUCCCUACUCCUUCUCAAGAUUCCUCUGUUUUAUACAUCCAAGGAUUACUUUAGCCCUCUUAGCCACAGUGGCAAAUUGGAGCUCAUGUUCUUCUGGCUAUCCACCAUGACCUCCAAAUCCUUCUCAGAGUCCCUGUUUCCCACGAUAAGAGUUCUCCAUCCUUUGAAGCUGAUGCAGUCUGAGUUGAAUGUGGAAGAAGUAGUAAACGACAGAAGCUGGAAGGUAUUUAAUGAGCGCUGCAGAAUUCACUACAAGCCUCCAAAGAGCCAAUGAUGCAAGGAUGCUUCCCCUGAAGUUGUUCUACAAUCAUGAGAGCAAAGCUGAAGAGACAUGGGGCAAGCUGUGAGGGACCUUCCAGAACCAGGAGAACCCAGUCUCAUUUUGUUUUCAGACUCACCUAGUUAAAAUCUCACAUUCAGCUGAUUCUCCUAAUUAAGAGAAACCAACUCCUAUUUUGUACAAAAUGUGAAAAAUGAAUACAUUUUAUAACGAUUAAAAAAAUUUCAGAUAGAAUGAGA